AUGACAACAAUAGGCACAUAUUUAUUAACAUUAUUUAAAUAUCAAAUAACAAGUUUACUUGAUUUAUUAACAUUUAUUGCUUCAAUUAAUAUUGAUGAAAAUUUAUCCGAAGAUAAACGUAAAAAAUGGUCUAAUGAUCUUUCACAUACAUUAUGUAUAUUUACAGCUGAUUGUUUUUCAUUAAAAAGUACUGAAUUUUCUAUUUGUACACAAGAAUAUCAUGAUUAUCAAGCAGCUAUAAGAAAAAUUCUAUCAGCACUUCAAUUAUCAUCAUCAUUUAUAUUAUUUUAA